AUGUCGCGAACUUACGCAGAUGCGGUGGCCUCACUCAACACGUUGCAGUCGAACUUUGCGGUCGUGGACGCGAUCCGCAAAUCGGGAAGGAGUAUGAACAAGCUGGCAAUCCCUGAGAUGGUUGAGUGGGUUCAGAAAAUUGGAUAUCAGCCUGAUGAUUUCAAUCGCAUGGACCUCAUACACAUAGCUGGUACAAAAGGCAAAGGCUCAACAUCGGCUUUCAUCUCCUCUGUGCUUUCGCAAUAUAUCGGCAAGCAUCCCGACUCAGGCACAGGCAGCCCACUGCAGAAAAUCGGUCUCUACACUUCCCCACAUCUACGCUUUGUCCGUGAGCGCAUACAGAUUAACAACAAACCUCUCACUGAAGAGAAAUUUGCGCAAUACUUCUUCGAGACAUGGGAUCGGCUCGAGGCCUCAGCGGUGCAGAAAGGUCAGGACCCAGCUGUAAAGCCAGUGUACUUCCGCUUCUUGACACUUAUGGCUUUCCAUACCUACAUGAAAGAAGGAGUUGAUGGGGCCGUGAUAGAAUGCGGUAUUGGCGGCGAGUACGAUAGCACAAAUAUCAUCACAAAGCCAGUUGUAACAGGCAUCACCAACCUCGCAAUCGACCACAUCGGUGUGCUUGGCAGCACGAUCGAAGAGAUAGCAUGGCACAAGGCAGGCAUCAUGAAAGAGGGAGCAAAGUGUUUCACUGUGGCCCAGCGAGAAGCUGCUCGAAAAGUGCUGGAGGAGCGAGCACGCGAGAAAGGCGUAGAUCUUGAAGUCGUUCCCAUACACCCCGAACUUCAGUCCGACAGUGUCCCCCUAGGCCUAUCCGCCUCCUUCCAAAAAAUCAACGCCUCCCUCGCGAUCGCCAUAUCCCAUGACUUCCUCACUCAACGUGGCUUCACAGACAUUGGCACCACGCCCUUAAACGAAAGUUUCAAACAGGGUCUCAAAGACGUUCGCUGGGGUGGCCGCUGCGAAACCCGUCAUGAAAACGGCAUAAAAUGGUGCAUCGAUGGUGGCCAUACGCUCGAGAGUAUCGAGUUGGUUGGAAAGUGGUUCGCUGAGCAGGUCAGCAACCAACAGAACACCAUCACUGCCAAUCGGAGAAGCGAACGCAAAAGAGUCCUCAUCUUCAAUCAGCAAACCCGUGACGCCAACGCCCUUGCUCGUGCCCUCCAUGCAACGCUGGCUGCGGCGCUGGGGGAUGAAAAGCCAUUCACGCAUGCAAUAUUUUGCACGAAUACCACGUUCAAGGAUACUGGAUUCAGGCCUGACCUGGUCAGUGUGAACACGAACGCUAAGGAGAUCGAAGAGCUGAGCGUGCAGAAGGGGUUGGCGAGGGCGUGGGAGGAGAUUGACUCCGGCACUGAUGUCAAGGUUGUGGGGACUAUCCAGGAGGCUGUUGAGAUUGUGAGGGAGAUGGCGAAAGAUGGAGAGGGGGAGGGAGAGGUGAUGGCGUUGGUUACGGGAAGUUUGCAUCUUGUGGGCGGGUUGUUAGAAGUUUUGGAGUCAAAACCAUAA